AUGAAAAGCGAGGACCAGAGUGGACAGACCAAGCAUAAUGUCCAGAAUAAGACAAAGAGGGAGGAGGAUGCAGCUCCGGUCCCUGUGUCCGACUCCACCAGAGAACCACCAGAGACCAGGAUGUCAAAGAAGAAGAAGAAGACUAUCCUCAGACCACCUGUCACAAAGGAUGCAGAGAAGUGUAAUGAUGGCCCAACUGAGAUCAGUAGGAAGUCUGAGCCAGAGCCAGACCCAGACCCUCUGUCUGAGCCAGCAGAGACCAGCGAGCCACAGCAGAAAGCGGCAAUCUUCAACCCACCUGCCAGAAAGCGACUGAAGAGGACCAGAAAGUUGGAGCCAGCCCCAGCCCCUCGCUCUGAGCCACCAGAGAGCAUGAAGUCAAAGGAGAUGGAGAUCCCAGGUCCACCUGCCACAAAGAGACUGAAGAGGACCAGGAAGUUGGAGCCAGCUCCAGCCCCUCUCUCUGAACCUCUAGACACCAGGAAGUCAAAGAAGAAAAUAAUCCCUGGCCCACCAGCCACUCAGCAAGUGAAGAGAUCCAGAUGUCCUCCCAGCCCCUGGACCCCUAACCCAGUGAAGACUAGACGUAGGCCACCUUCAGCCACAGCGCCUACCUGUGAGAUAGGUAUAACUACACGUACCUUGAGAUCUAAGGUAGCGACAAGCCCUACCUUGAAGUCAGGUGUAGCCACAUCCCCAUCCAGCGGUGCAGCCUUUUCCACAUCCCCUGAGAGGAAGAAGUUGAGGAAGAAGGACAGGAAGAGGGCCAGGUGCAGUGGUACGGCCGUUCCCACCCCCACUGAGAGGAGGAAGAAGAAGGGGGCGAGGUGCUGCCCUGUCCCGCUGAACAACCCCUUGUCUGUCUGUCGGUCACAGAGGGCCACCCAGGGCAGGAAGGCCUGUGUGUGGUGCAAACAGGGGAAAGAGUGGGUGAAAACCAUCUGGCAGUGUGAGGCCAGUCAGGUGGCCCUCUGUCUCAUACCGGGCAGAAACUGCUUCAGGGCCUGGCACGAAACUCACAAGUGGAACGAGGAAGUCAGCUUCAGUCUGUUUUGUUAA